GAGGCAAACAGCUGUGAAAAAAUCUUUGAAAACUCGACCCACUCGAAACGUGGAUCCCUGAUAGGAGCGAUGACAUGUUGCAUGAUCCCCGUAUGAAGUGAGACACGUGUGUGAGCGCCGCGGUGCGCUUGGCCGCGUUGCAUGCCGGGAGAUAAUUUUGUUGCUAGGAGACCGUAAACCUCAGGUCUGUGAGGGCAGCAAUCACAGCGGGUUGUUUUUUAAAGUUAUAUAAAACCCAGUCUGGACCCACUUACAGGUGAGUUCAGAAAACCGUUUUUCCCGUGUGACCCAGCGUUUUAUUGUGUGAGUUCAGCCGGUCUCAUCGCCGUCCACACUUGUUUUGGCACUUUUUGUCCUGCUGUCCCUUUCACCCCCUCAGGAUAUGGCCUCCUCAUCUCCGAGGGGGGCUCUGCCGAGCCUCGUUGGCCAAAGAAGUGACAGUGACUCCCGAGAGCCGCUGCACAAGCUUCCUGCACUACAGAGAUCUGUCCCAUCCAGACCUCCAAUCAUAGAUCCCCAGGCUGUGCUGAAGAGACACGUCAAACAAAAGGAGCCCAGUCUCCCACAUUUAAAAGUCCGUGAGCAGAUGAACAGAUUUCCGGGCUGGUACACCGAGCCAGCGCCAUCUAAACCAACAGAUCAGGAGCAAAGGCGCCAUGAACCUGUCCACAUGCCUCCUCUGCCAUCCACUAAAAACGCCAGUGACCAACAGGGUUCAAAGAAUGUAGCGUCGACCCCUCCUCCCCCAAGACCAAGAUUUUCCAUUAAGAGCUUUCCACAGCUGGGCCCGGCCCCCCAAAUUGAACUUCGUAAGUACAGCAGUACUGAGUAUAUUUUCAUCCACAACAAAGCUGUAUUUUCAGUUUGUGAGGAUGACAUCAAAUUUCAAAGCUUGGAGUGCUGGCAAAAUUAUAACGAGAUCCACAGCAAGCUGCGCCGCAUCCCCUUCUUCGCUCGCUACAAAAUGUGGAAACCCUUCUACGUGUGGCGCACCAAGAUUCGUGCCAAGAAGAUUUGUUUGGCCAAACAAUCACUACAGAAAUAUUUGUUCAUUCUCAGUCCGUCUCUAAGUUCUGCAUUGAUGGAUAUUAGGAAAAUGUGCUGCCAAAUUACUGAGACAGGCUUUUGCCACAUGAAGAAGCAGCACACAUACACACUGCAGGAAUUCCAGGACACCAAAAUCAAACAACUACAAGAGGCAUCCAAGGACCUGGAGAAGUUUCAUGAACUGGUAAAGGAGGUGACCGUUUGCGCCUGUGGACAUUACCGUUUGGAAACUGAAGCUUGUCCCGAUGGUGAAAAGAAGAUCGUCUCAGAGAUCAACAUGUUUUUUUUCUCCAGCCGCAUCAUCCACUUAAUUCGACUUAUAGACUGUUUAGUUGCGACCACCUUGCACAGCUCUGUGGUGAAUACAGUGGCUGAAAUGCUGACUCUGCUCCAGGUGCAGGCAGGUCAAACGCCCAGCGAUGCCAUCAUUCAGAGCUGGAGUCACGACUCUACAGCAGCUGAAAAAGAGAUGAAGAAGUUUGCUGACUCAGAAGCGCUGCACUUCCAUCCUGUAUUCAUGUCUGAGUUGAUGCUGGACACAAACAGCUUGACUUAUAAACCGUCUGAGGAGAACUUCCAGGAUGCUGUUGCAGAUUUUAUCGAGCGGUUUAAGAACAUGGUGAUGUCAGUUAAAGCACUUUCCACAGAUCCUGUUUUUGAUUCAGUGAUACGGCCUGAAGGGGACAAGAAGGUGGUAAAGAAAGAUGAAAACGCGCACCCUCUGGAAGACAUCCUCAAAAAUGACGGUCACCUUAAAAGUAUCACAAACAGCAUCCAGGAAUUGCUCUGGUUUGCAUUUGCUGCUGCAGAAGUGUACUCCAACACGUUUGAGCGUUUUCAAUUAGUCUACAGGGAGAAUGAAAGUUUGGAUCUGGAUGCACUCCACAAACAGGAUCAUGAUGUGGCAUUCUUUGAAAAAGCACUCACGUUAUACCCGAGUCAGCACGAGGAAGCCACACGGAUCCAACAGGAGAGACGUCUCGGCCUCCUGCUUGUGGACACCAGACAGCUCAAAGAGAAGCUCCAGUCUUCUUCGCUGCGAUGUCUGAACGUCAUCAAUCACAUGCUCACCCAACUCGCUAAGAGAAAAGUCGACACCAUAAUGGCCGAAGUUUCUGAGGCAGAGGUUAAACUGGGGCUGCACCGCUCCACCACAGCUGAGUUGGCCGACUUUCUCACAUUUCUGGAUGAGAUUGAGAACAGUAUUGGAGAGCUAAAGAAAGAGCAGGAAACGGUAUCAAAAAUGUACAAUCUGAUCAACGUGCACGCAGUCCCCACGCCACUAGAGGAUGUUGUGAGAUUUGCCACACUGGAAACCUUCAUUGACUCAUUAGAACGUAUCACGGCUGACGCAGUGGAAGAAAAGGACUCUACCAUGCAGAGGUUCUGCAGCUCCCUGCAGAUGGAUAUAAAGGAGCUUAACAACGAGGACAUGAAAAUCCGGCUUAAAUUGCUGGAUCCACAAAUUCUAGACAUCGAUGCCAAUUCAUCACACGUGCGUCAGCAGCUGAGGGAGAUCCAGGUUUCCAUAGAAGAUCUUAAAUCAAAAGCAUCCUGCUGCGUAUCCUACCAGAGGAACUUCAAGAUGGAGGUGACCACGUUUGAGUCCCUGGAGCAGUUAAUGUCCAUGUUCAAGCUGACACAGUUGCUCUGGGACUCUCUGGAACAAUGGGACUGCUUACAGAGCGGAUGGCAGCAGAGCACACUUGAACAACUGGACAUGGAGCAGUUUACCUCACAGGUCAACAAAUACAGCAAGUGCAUCAGCCAGCUUGAGGAGGGCCUGCCGCCCAACAGCAGCGUGCCCUGCCUGAAGGAGAAGGUGGAAGUGAUGAUGCACAGACUGCCUGUGAUCACUGAUCUUCAUAACCCACAUAUGAAACCAAAGCAUUGGAAGACCUUGAAGUCUUUGGUGGGGACUUCCCUCAAUGUGAACGAACUUACUAUAGCUGCUUUAGAAGAGCUCAAUAUUUUCCAGUAUGCCAAAGAGAUACAUGAGGUUUCAGAACAAGCUCCAGGAGAGGUCUCAGUGGAGACCAUUAUCUCAAAGGUGGAGGAUCUGUGGAAGAACACAGAGUUCACUGUGCUGCCUCAUGGCGACUCCAAAGACGCCUUUAUCUUGGGAGGCACGGAGGAUAUCCAGGCACUCCUGGAUGACAGCAUUAUCAAUGUGGGCACAGUAGCAUCUUCAUGCUAUGUUGCUCCCAUCAAGUGGAGGGUUAACGAAUUGCUAAGACAGCUGACCCUCUUUAACCAAACACUGGAUGAGUGGCUCACAUGCCAAAGGAACUGGUUAUCCCUGGAGAGUAUGUUCAUGGCUCCAGACAUACAGAGGCAGCUGCCUACUGAGUCAGACAUGUUUCUGAAGGUUGACAAUUCCUGGAAAAAGCUCAUGGCUAAAGUCAAGAGGAUGCCCAAUGCCUUCGACGCAGCCACGCAGUCUGGUCUGUUGGAGACUUUGCAGGAGAACAACACUCUUCUGAAUGAGAUCCAGAAAUGUCUGGAAGCUUACCUGGAGUCUAAGAGAGUCAUGGACCAGUGAUUUGUUUGUUAGAUGUGAUAAAAGCAUUAUAUCAUUAAAGCAUUUUUAAUUCCAAAAAA